ACUAGGAAGUUCUCGUUACCAAGAAAAAGUUAGAUGAAGAUGCUCCUCAAAGUACCAACUUGAUGCACAAAUGCUCUUUAUAUUAGCGUUAAAUAAAUAAUCCAGAUAUACAAUAAGUUACCUGCGGCAAAUUAUGGGGGAGAAAGUUGAAUUAGUUAACGUGAUUCAAACACAAGAAACACAAGAAUCUGCCAAUUUGGAAUAUCAAGCAGGUCAAGCUGAUGUUUGGGCUAAACUAAACAAAAUCCAAGACGAAUAUCGGAACAGAGAUAGACUGAUCAUCUACUCUUUAGCAGUUUUGUUUAUUUGUUUUUCUAUCGCAAUUUCGGUUAUUGCCUUAUAUUUGAAAGUGUGCAUGGAUCAAAAGUCAACCGUUGAAACACAUAUACAACAACUGAAAACAAAUGUGUCAGAACUUUAUGAUUUAAAUAGACAUAUACAACUGAUAAGUCCAGUUGGUGAUAAAAACAAAACUGGCAACAAAGGCCCAAUUGGCAACAAAGGUUCAAUCGGAGACAACGGUCAUAUUGGAGAUAAAGGUCCGAUCGGAAACAAAGGACAAAACGGUCAUAACGGAGACAAAGGUUCUAUUGGGAACAAAGGUCAAAAGGGAGACAAAGGUCCUAUAGGAGACAAAGGUUCAAUUGGCAACACAGGUCCAAUGGGGGACAAGGGUUCAAUUGGACACCAGGGUUCAAAUGGAGACAAAGGGUCAUAUGGUGACAAAGGUAAAAAGGGAGAUAACGGCCAAAUUGGGGACACAGGUCCUAUUGGAGAUAAUGGUCCAAUGGGAAACAAAGGACACAUAGGAGACAAAGGUAUGAGUGGUAACACUGGUCAAAAGGGUGAUAAAGGUUCAAUUGGAGACAAAGGUCUUUUUGGAAACAAAGGUCCAAUGGGAGACAAAGGUCAAAUUGGAAACAAAGGUCUAAUGGGAAACAAAGGACACAUAGGAGACAAAGGUAUGAGUGGUAACACUGGUCAAAAAGGUGAUAAAGGUUCAAUUGGAGACAAAGGUCUUUUUGGAAACAAAGGUCCAAUGGGAGAUAAAGGUCCAAUGGGAAACAAAGGACACAUCGGUGAUAUAGGAGACAAAGGUUCGAGUGGUAAAACUGGUCAAAAGGGAGAUAAAGGUUCAAUUGGAGACAAAGGUCCUAUUGGAGAUAAAGGUCCAAUGGGAGAAAAAGGUCCAAUAGGAAACAAAGGAAACAUCGGUGAUCUAGGAGACAAAGGUUCGAGUGGUAACACAGGUCAAAAGGGAGAUAUAGGUUCUAUUGGAGACAAAGGUCCGAUAGGAGACAAAGGACGAGUCGGUAGUAAAGGAGAAACAGGUUCAAUUGGCAACAAAGGUCCAACGGGAGAUAAGGGUUCACUAGGGGACAAAGGUCAAAUGGGAAACAAAGGACAUAAAGGAGAUAAAGGACCCGCUGGGGACAAAGGCCAAGUUGUGGCACUCACCUCUUGUGGAUCAUAUGCGGACUUAAAUCCUACCAGUGAUGGCAUUAUCAAAUUCCCGAUAAAGAGAACAUCUGUCGGCGUGAACAAUAUAUCACUAUUUCUUAAUUCUGGUGUGUUUACUUGCGAGUAUGCAGGUUUGUAUCACAUUUCUGUAACAAUAAUGACAAAAACAAGUCAUGCACUCUUCGUAGUGCAAAAAAAUAAGUCAAUGAUUGUUCCUGGAUACAUUCCUGACCAUGAUAAGAAAUACAAUUCUGGCACUAUUAAUACAGUGGUAGAAAUGAACGUUAACGACAAGAUUCGUGUUUGGAAAGGCAAUGUGAAACAGUAUUACGGUUAUUACUCAUGUUUCACUAUCGUCAAACUGUAAAUUACUGGAAAAUAACGUUAUAUUAUAAAACUAUCCAAAUAAAAGGACUACCUUUAUCAUGUAUUUAUUUACCAUGUUUAAG